AUGAUCAACAUAUCUGCGAUUGUUGAGGCGUUUCAAAUUUUGUCGAGACUGGAUGCAAUUAGCACCCAAGAGCUUAUACCAUAUCGAACCACAUUGGAACAAACCUUGCGAAUUAUAGAGAAAACACUAGACACUAUUCCGAGCGAGGCUCCACGGUCGGAAACCAGACUCCAACAAUCUUCCCAGCAGCCUACACCAACAACUUCCAUUACUUUUUCGGAAACACCUGCUAGCAGUGGGACGUCCUGCGCUACCAAAUCGUCAGUGGAAGAGACCGGUGAAAGCAAUGACACGACCGAGGAAUCAUUAGAAGCCUCGGAUGCUCAAAGGCUUAUGGAUGCGCUUCACGGUGCCCGUCGAUCUGAAAAGGUUUUCAAGUAUUUAUCGUCUCAUCGCGAUCCGCUUGCGCAGAACGGUGAUGAUUGGGUCCAAGAGGACCCUCGCGUGGUCGAUAUCCGACUUUGUAACCGAGGCUGCUCACUGGAUGCGAGUUUUCGACGCGGACUUGGACAAAGGUCCCUCGCAAUAGAGUUCGAUGAAUGGGAACGUGAAGUCUUCGGAACAUCACGAGUGUCCAUGCGUUCUCUAUAUCCAAAGAAAAUUGACGAUAACAGCGGGCUUAUCAGCAGGUUCCUGGAGCAAAGAGUUAUUCGAUUUCAAAACAAAGAAUCGGCAUCUCAUGGUAUUAGAGACGGCAUACGUUUGCUCGUUUUCGAACGGAUAUAUGGUCACAUUGGCGUUUCAGCCAUUCUGAUAUUAUUGUUCACUUUGUUUCGCGACGUCAAAUAUGGAAGUUUUGUGGCUCUGAAACGUCUGCUUGAGAAAUCUGGUGCCUGGCAUGAUUUGGCAAAGGACAAAUCUUCAUGGUUGACGGCCUGUCAAUUUCGAUAUGAUGUUUUUGAGCAGGAAAGUAGAGUCUUGGAACUUCCACCAAAUUUCAAUCAAUGUGACUACGGGACAAUCCCCUCAAUCAGCCAGGAUGAGACGGUGGAUAUGGAUCUCUGCGCCCAGUUUGACCCUGGCCGCAUCCCUCCAGUAUUCAACCAAUUUGACUACGGGACGAUCCCCUCGGUCAGCCAGGAUGAGGCGGUGGAUAUGGAUCUCUGCACCCAGUUUGACCCUGGCCGCAUCCCUCUAGCAUUCAACCAAUUUGACUACGGGACGAUCCCCUCGGUCAGCCAGGAUGAGACGGCGGAUAUGGAUCUCUGCGCCCAGUUUGACCCUGGCCGCAUCCCUCCAGUAUUCAACCAAUUUGACUACGGGACGAUCCCCUCGGCCAGCCAGGAUGAGACGGUGGAUAUGGAUCUCUGCACCCAGUUUGACCCUGGCCGCAUCCCUCCAGUAUUCAACCAAUUUGACUACGGGACGAUCCCCUCGGCCAGCCAGGAUGAGACGGUGGAUAUGAAUUUCUGCGCCCGGUUUGAUACUGGCCGCGCUCCAGUCUUCAAUUCCGGCUAUGGAACUAUUUCAUCGACUACCCAGAGCGAAGGCCAAUCUGAGGGCCUCCGCAAUUACGACAAUAAUUUUUCAUAUCGCGAACGCCCUAUGCUUUCCGUGUUUUGA